AUGGAGGGCUCAUCACCUCCCCUGGCGGAAUACUUCUGGAUCGCCGGCAUAGAGGCGGUGGUUUACGAUGAGUCCUUACCAUCAGUAAGCCACUCUGUCGAGACGACUACCAUUGCCGAAGACGGAGAGCCUGAAGAGGAAGAGGAUGCUGCUAGCAAUCAUACCAAGCCAAAGGCUGCUCGCCAUUCUCGCCAGAACUCUGCCAGUCGCUUCUCUAGGCUUUCUCUGGACGGUCGAAAUUCUGUCGAUACCAUCGAGGAGGAUGACGGCAACACAAGAAGCAACAGGAGCAGUGCUACAAUCAAGGCCAAGCCGGCCGCUGCUAAUGGCAAUGGCCUCCUUAAUGGCGAUGGCCUGAUCCCGGGCGGUUCGAUGGGCGAGUUCCUUGGCCUUAUGGGGGACUUUGAUUUCGACAAGGCUCUUCUGAAAUUUGCUGCAGAGCGAGAAAAUUUUCUGGAAGACCUUUCUUUCAGUGCUGGAGCCAAGACCCAGGCGCGCCAGCCCAUGGUGAACCCUCGAGCCGAGCGCAUUCGAGCCGAUGACGCUGACCCCAGCGGAAGAGUCAGCCCCCUGAAGAGCAUCAAAGGCAGCAUCCGCCGCAAGAUCAGCUUUAGAGAUAUGAACAGCCUGCGGAAGCAGCCCAGUGUUGCCAGGCCCAUGUCACAGAGAGCUCCUUCAAUACGUACCACACGACGACUGAGCAACUACAACUCUGUGAUCCCUCCUCCCGAACCUCUCAACACUGAUCCCGACAUGCAUCCUCUCAAAAGACGAUUUGAGCCUAUGCUCCUCGAUCGGUACCCUCCCAAGACUGCCAUCGACGAAGUUGCUCGCCGAGGCAAGUUUCCCGACUACGUGCCCAUGUUUGCUUUCCCCAACGACGUUCAAAUCGUUUCGUCUGAUGAUCGGCCGCGAACGACGUGGCACGGAUUCACCAUGACGUCUGAUGAUAACUCUAAGCUCUAUGGAAUCGCACUCAUUGUGUGGACAGCGCUGCCUGCCGAUGUAGCAGAGGCUGUGGAGCACAAAUGCGAGGAUUGGCGACAGAGCCACAUGUCCAAUGAAGAGCGGGAGCUCGCAGCGAGCCUGGGAGUGCGUUUAGCCAGCGAGCGAUCGCAUUUGUCGCAGCUCUUAUCCAAGCUUGGGACAAUUCCCUCGGGAACCCCUGCUCGGGACAGGCUUGAGGAUCAGAUUGGAACUGUUGAGGAAAAGAUCAGCCUCAUGACGGAUAUGCUUAGACCGUUGAGACACGGUGCAGCUUCUAGAAUUGAGGGUCUUACCACUGGCGAGAGUGGACUUUGGGCUCCGCGUGCUUAUGGUAUCCUGGGACGAGACCCCGCAAACAUGGCUUUCUGGAAAGAAUGGCUCAAGGCAAUUGUCGUUCCCAUGACCGAUGGUGCCGUGCUCAGGAUCCCCCCAAGUUCUCCCAAAGUAGGCCGAUGGCAGCCUUUGGAGCAGUACGUCGUCAAUCUGUGCACAGAAGCUUUUAGCCCCCUGGGCUCCAAGACUCAAGUUGAGAUUGGUGUACGGGAGCUGCGGCUUUAUGCUCGUAAAGAAGCAGCGAAUGAGCUUCCCGGCUCUCGGACCAUUGACAUAUACGCCUUGUUCAGAUGUCUCUCUCUUGAGAACAUAGUGGCUCUAUUUGAAUACGCCAUGUCUGAAUCUCGCAUCAUCUUCCUCUCCUCACACACCAGCAUGCUGCACUUGGCUUGCCAUGCUAUUGCAAGUCUCUUGUACCCUCUGAAAUGGGCAAGCAUCUUUAUCCCCAUAUUACCUGCCAGGCUGAUCUCUGCUCUUGACGCGCCUUGCCCGUACAUUGUCGGUGUUGAGCGCCGCUACGAGCGAAUUGAUCUUCCUGAAGAUGACUACGUCCUGGUCGAUCUUGACAAGGACACCAUUGAUGCCACGUCGCAGCCCAACCGCUUGCCGCGACAGCAUCGCCGAAAGUUGAUGUCAUUGCUGCAGGUGGCGGCUCCUCACAAGCUACGUUAUGGCGUGACGACUGGACCUCCUCCCUACGCAAUGGAGGCCUUCCCAUAUGAUUCUUUCUCAUCGGAGAAUGCAUCCCUAUUCACUAGCGUCGCCCCCCCCGCGACUCUCGGUAAAUGGGUGUCUCAAAACUCAUCCAGCUUUGCGGACCCUGAUCCUCCUACUGACCUGCUGCCUCCGGCCUUUAACGGGUUUUCGCUGUCUUCGGUAGAUAAUGGCAAAUCUGAUCGGCCAGGAACCAGCAAGUCAACUUCAACCAGCCCUCAAUCUUCCGUAUCUCCAGUCUCGAUGAAAUUCCCUCCCAUGCCGUCCACUCCAGUCUCACGUAGCGACUCAGGAUUUGCCUUGACUGCAACACUCAGGGAGAAGCGAUCGGGACAUUUUGGAGAAGACAAGGGCCGACGAAGCUCGUCCUUUGGCGUCGACAAGGCUCAGCCCGUCCAUCGACCCAGCCUUCCAUUUUUGAAUGGUCACCAGGCAAACCUAUCUAUCUCAACGCUAGAUUCUGGAUCCUCUUUCGGAGGAGGCUAUGCUCCUUCGACAUAUGCGGCUUCAACUCUGGCGGCCUCGACUAUUAUGCCAAGCAUGCAGGUUCAGCCAGUUAGUAACACUGAUACAACGGUCUGGGUAGAGGGACAUUGCUUCAACUGGAACCCUAAAGACACAGCUUCUGUGUGCACAAUUUGCGAAGAAAGAUCCGAAGGUGAUGGAUUUUACAAGUGUGGAGCGUGCAAAACUGUGGCCCACGGCCGAUGCCUGGGCUUCGUAUCCCUGGUUUGUACUGAUGCUUUCCAUGCAGACCGGGUCCGGGCAGCGUUUGUACGAUGCCUCGCCAGCUUGCUGUAUACAUACCGCAAAUACCUGGGCAAGCCGUCAAAGCAGCACAAGAACAGUGGUCAACUGUAUUCCUUUGACAUGGAUGGAUUCAUCAAGAGUCUCCCUUACGAUCAACAAGAAUAUGUCACGAUGAUGCGAGAGACUCAAGCAUUUAACGAAUUCGUCCAUGAAAGAGAAAUGAAACUCACCUCUGACCCCGAUAUCCGACUCUUUGACGAAAUCAUCAUGGCUAAGAAAGGCCGUGGCCGUACCGGCCUGCCAUCCAGCUUGUCUCGUCUGUCCACUCUCCGUGGCGGCGGCGGUACCAACUCAUGGGGCCUUAGCCCUUCAGGCCGCAGCAACACCGGUGGAUCUGGCAGCGGCGCCAAGAUUCCCCCUUAUCUUGGCGAUACCUCAGAGCACAUAUGGCGCACAGCCUCGGUGCCUCUACCAAAGGGCAACUUCCCUGGCGAGUACCACACCAUUGUGACUCGCAUGCCGGCUCGUCUGGACAGGUCGCUUAUGCGUGAGCCCCGCGCUAUUCAAGGAGUUCCUCGCAUCGAGCCUCGUGGUCCCAAGGGAGUUGCUCGGAAGCAAGUCCCGAAUAUGCUAGGCGGCACACCUCAAUAA